AUGACUAUCACGCAAGAGCUCGUCAAAGACAAGGCUGCGGAUGAUGCUGAUCGACCUUCUACCGAGCAACCACCCGGCUAUGACCAGAUUGACGAGCAGCCAUCAACAAUCCCACCGCUGAAUCUGUCAUACAAUGCCGGGCCCCCUGGGUUAACAACCGUCACCAGGGACCAGUGCGUCGUCCAUCUCAAAUUCCUCGCGGCACUAGCGGACCUGCGUGAUAGUGUGGCCGGGAACGAUGGCCUCUUCCGCCUCCAUGACCCACCGCAGUCCGAGUUCCCUGAGCAUGUCGAUGAGGUUCGGGCUCGCAUGAGAGAAAAGAGAUGGGCUGUCUAUACGGCUAGAGCAGUUGAUCGUUAUACGAAGUGGUGGGAGACGUGCGUCCCCAGCAACAGGCCAUGCCCUCGCCUUAAAGACCUGGAGCACGAGACCUAUGAUCGCAUUACUCAAGGCAACUACCUGCUAUCUUGGUCCAAAGAUUCCCUGCCCCCUUUAGAUGUCCUCAUGGUAUGGCAUGCGCAUAUGCUGAACCCCAGAGCCUUCCUAGAGGAUUGCAUUCGGUCUGGGAAGAUGAGCCUCUGGGCAGGCGGCUUCCCCUGGGAAACGAUCAAUGAUUGUAUUGAUAACCAAACGCUAGAGUAUGAGGCGGGGGAUCGCGCGAGGGUCCGUUUCAUGGCCAUGACCCGCUGUGCAUGGGACAACCUGCACGACCCGCUGGAGAAGUUAGUCGAGUGUCUCGACUGUGAGAAUAAGGUAUCGGUGCCGUGGACUCGGGGCACAAUCUCGCUCCCGAUUCAGAUGGCGUUUGACGAGUUCGACGGCUAUGCAGACAAGAACUUUAACGUAAAAUGCUCGAAGUGCGGCUUGACAAUCGACCACGAGCUGCUGCGAGUCCAAAAAUUCAGAACGGAUGUCGUGGAUUGGCUGAAGGAGAAGAUACCGAUGCCAGGGACACUGUACAACUUGCAUGGAGUCCCGGAAUCAAUCAAGAAAAGUCGGACGAGUCCACACUCCACGUUCCCUAAUCGAUUUAUCGAGGCACUGGGCACUUACAUCCUUGACUACACCGACGCCCGGCAAGCACGCUGCAUGACUGUCAGUCAGCUGCGCGACAAGCUCGAAAGCAAGCUCAAAGAUUGGCAAAUCAUGCGACUGGCAAACAACGGGAGGCGUCACAGGGAAGAUGGAAUAGCCCUUCGUCGCAUGAUGUCCCAUUACUGGAAUAACACCGGACCCUUUGCUCUAGAUCUGGUCGGGGCAGUUAUCCGACAGGGGACGUUCGUCCAGAAGAUGGAUCACAUCGACUGGCUCCACUCGCCGACUGUGAUGGCAACCAUGGACCGCCUGAUACGCAAAUACCAUGUGUUCUUCCAUAUCAUGGCGUCGUAUCCGCGAUGUAUGGCCGUCCCCACCCUCGACGUGGACCUCGCCUGGCAUACGCAUCAGCUUGGCCCCCAGCGAUACUUCGAGUACUCCGUCUACCAGACAAAGUUGCAUGCCAGGACGGCCACCUUCAUCGACCACGACGACAAAGUCGAUGAGAAUCGGCUCUCCGAUGGCUUCGAAUGGACCAGCAAGAUGUACAGGAAGCUAACCGACGGCGAGGUAUACAGCGAGUGCACAUGCUGGUACUGCGAGGCCAUCCGCGCGCCCGACCUCCGGAGCGGCCUUUUCGGCUCCUCUACAGCGGCCAAAGCCCGCGAAGCCGCCGCCAAUCUCCACGACAGACAGGACAUCUCGUCCGAUCCAGAAAAGAACCCCCACAUCUCCGCUCACAAUGCGGUCCGAGCCGAGACCAAGGACAAGAUGCUUGGCAUCGAUCCUCGAAGGAUACAGGCCUUGAAACUCCGUCACAAUUACGAGAAGGCGCGCCGACGUGCUGAGAAGAGAAAUCGCAAACUAGGCAAAGCCGACGAUCCGAAAAGACGUUCCUCGUCAUCUGCAGCAGACGCCAAUAUGUACGCCGUUCCCAUGGUCUGGGGUUUCCCGGUGGUCGUGCCCUACUACGGGCCUUACAUGUGCGACCCGUGUGCACAUGUGGGGGCGGUGUUGCGGCUGGAGGCUGCGGUGGCAUGGGAGGGUCAUGCAGUGGAGGAUGUGGUGGUGGUGGAGGAGGGUGUGGAGGGGGAGGCGGCGGAGGAGGAUGUGGAGGCGGCGGUAGCUGAGACUAUACUCUAUAUCCCAUGCGCGCCUUUGCUUUUGAGAUUUCUGAUGAUAAUGACUUCGCAAUUGCUUUAUAAUAUGCUCGUUGAAUGCCUGUAG